AUGGUUUUAGAAUUAAAUGCAUCAGAUGAUCGUGGUAUUGAUGUUGUGAGGAAUCAAAUUAAGAAUUUUGCUAGUACGAUGCAAAUUUUUUCAAAAGGUUAUAAAUUAAUUAUAUUAGAUGAAGCUGAUGCAAUGACAAAUGUUGCACAAAAUGCCCUUAGAAGAAUCAUUGAAAAAUAUACCAAAAAUACAAGAUUUUGUAUCUUGGCUAAUUAUGCACAUAAAUUAAAUCCAGCUUUAUUAUCACGUUGUACAAGAUUUAGAUUUUCUCCAUUAACAGAAAGUUCAAUUCAAGAAAAUUUGAAUAAAAUUAUUAUUAAAGAACAAUUAAAAUUAACAAAUGAUGCUCAAGCUGCAUUAUUAAAAUUAUCAAAAGGUGAUAUGAGAAAAGCUUUAAAUGUUUUACAAGCUUGUAAAGCUGCAAUUGAUGAAGGUAAUGAAAUUUCAGAAGAAAUGAUUUAUGAAAGUGUUGGGGCACCACACCCAAAAGAUAUCGAAACAAUACUGGAUUCUAUCUUAAAAGAUGAUUGGAGUUCAUCUAUUUCAACACUUACCAAGAUUAAACAAUUAAAAGGUUUAGCAUUAAUUGAUUUAUUACAAGGUUUUGUGGAAAUCUUGGAUCAAUAUCAAUUGAAAACAAGAACAAGAGCUGAAAUUUUAAAAGGUCUUGGUGAAAUUGAAUAUGCAAUUUCUAAAGGUGGUAAUGAAAAAAUUCAAUCAAGUGCAAGUAUUGGAGUUAUUAAAAAAUCUUUGGAAUUUGAAGUUAGUUAG